CUCUCUCUCUCUCUCUCUGUCUCUGUCAUACUUCGGGGCUCCGUGCCCCGACCCGAAAAACGAAGAACCCAACUCUUAUUUUGCUCCUAUUCAUUGCUGGCCCUGCAUUUUCCAUCACUUUCCUGAGGAAAAAAAGAAAGAAGCAGUUGCAGAAGAAAAGAAUGUACUCGGGUAUUCGGUCGUUACCGUUGGAUGGAAGUGUGGAAGAUUAUCAAGGGUCGUUUGAUGCGACCAACUUGCUCGGCGAUGCUUGUUUGGUCUUAACAACGGAUCCCAAGCCCCGACUCCGAUGGACGGUUGAACUCCAUGAACGUUUCGUCGAUGCCGUCACUCAACUUGGCGGCCCUGACAAAGCAACCCCGAAGACUAUCAUGAGAACAAUGGGAGUAAAAGGUCUUACCCUCUAUCACUUGAAAUCACAUCUUCAGAAAUACCGGCUGGGGAAGCAAUCUUGCAAGGAAUCAACUGAUAAUUCUAAGGAUGUUUCUUGUGUUGGAGAAAGUCAGGACACCAGUUCGUCUGCAACAUCGUCAAAAAUGAUAGCUCAAGAGUUGAAUGAUGGUUACCAUGUUACCGAAGCUCUUAGAGUGCAGAUGGAAGUGCAAAGAAGACUACAUGAACAGUUAGAGGUACAGCGUCGUCUUCAACUUCGGAUAGAAGCACAAAGCAAAUACCUACAGUCAAUUCUUGAGAAAGCCUGCAAAGCUCUGAAUGAUCAGGCCGCUGCUUCCGCUGGUCUCGAAGCUGCCAGAGAAGAGCUUUCCGAUCUGGCAAUCAAGGUUUCCAAUGAUUGUCAAGGGAUGGCCCCUCUCAAUAACAUAAAAUUACCUUCUUUACCCGAACUCGCUGCAGCUUUAGAGAACAAUGCUACCACUUCCAAUAUACCAACCCGACUCGGAGACUGCUCCGUCGAAAGCUGUUUGACUUCGACCGGAAGUCCAGUUUCACAGACCGGUGUUACGAAGAAGAGACAAAGGCCCUUGUAUGGUAAUGAUAACCCUUUGCCUUUGGAUGGCAGUUUUAGGCAAGAAAUAGAGUGGGUGAUGCCUAAUAUUAGUUAAUUUGCAGGACAUUUCCAUCUUAGAAAUGCUACUUGUAAUUUUAUUUUGCUAAUCUAAGUGUAUUUUCUCUUUUAUGGACUGUAUCAUCAAUGUUGUGAAUAUUUCUAAAA